CUUUUUGGAUAACUCUGCCAGAUACAACUUUCUUCCCAGGCUGAACUGACGGGGAUACACAACAUGCACAACAGCACUGCCAGAACUCUGCAUGUGGCUGCAGUGUGUAAUGAGACUCUGCCCACCCAGUCACCGAGCUCUGAGUUUUCCCUGGGCGUGUUGGUGCUGCUGGCUUUCCUCAUGGUGUUGCUAUGUCUGGUCACCAUCCUUGGAAACAUCCUGGUGAUCCUUGCUUUCAUCCUGGACAGAAACCUCAGGCAUCGGAGUAACUAUUUCUUUCUCAAUCUUGCUGUUUCUGACUUUGCAGUGGGUGUGUUCUGUAUGCCUUUGUACAUCCCUUAUGCCCUGACAGGGACGUGGCACUUGGGACAAGGCCUGUGCAAGGUCUGGCUUGUUAUGGACUAUCUCGUGUGCACAGCUUCAGUGUUUAGCAUCGUCCUUAUCAGCUACGACCGUUUCCUGUCAGUUACAAAAGCUAUAUCUUACAGAGCCCAGCAGGGAAUAACCUCCAACCCUGCCAUCAAGAUGGUGGCCAUAUGGGUCUUAGCCUUUCUCCUCUAUUGUCCAGCAAUCCUCUUUUGGGAGCACGUGGCCGGACACAGCGCAGUAGCGGCAGAUCAGUGCUACGCCGAGUUCUACAACAACUGGUACUUCCUUCUGUGUGCAUCCACCCUGGAGUUUUUUGUGCCACUGCUCCUGGUGAUCUACUUCAAUAUGCACAUCUUCCACAGCAUCCAGAGGCGCCAGCGGCAAGGCAGUGUGCAGGACUGUGAGCCUCCAAGGAGCAGCAGCCUGUCCUGGAGAUUUUGCCCUUUGCCAAGGUCAGGGGCAUCUUCUUCCUCGGAAGCAGAGGACAGUGUUUCAUCGCUAACGAGGUCGUGGAGACCAGCAGUGAUGGCUAACUGUCCAUCUAGAACAGAAACCAGUCCUACAGCUCUCAAAAGGAACUUUUCUGUUUCUUUCCAUUCAAGGACUGGGUCAAAACUGCAGCGGGACAAAAAAAUCGCAAAGUCACUUGCCAUAAUUGUCUGUGUGUUUGCCGUUUGCUGGGCCCCAUACUCUUUAUUAAUGAUUGUUCGUGGGGCCUGCCAAGGAAAGUGCAUCCAUAACUCCUUGUAUGAAGCAGCCUUUUGGCUUUUAUGGAUCAAUUCCUCUUUGAACCCAUUUCUCUACCCUCUCUGUCAUAUGAAGUUUCGAAUGGCUUUCAUAAAAAUAUUGUGUCCCAAAAAGUUUGCAACAUUGAGAUCAGGUAACACACCUUCUCUUUAGAGAGUUAAAAUAAAUGUGUUAACAAUAAGGUUCCUCUGUUAUUUAGUGGUAUUUUUUUAUAUGUAUCUUCAGCAUAAACAGAGAAAAAACCCAUUUGUUUACUGCAGCAGAAUUAUAUAUUUGCCCUGAUAUUGCUAAUUUUUAGAAUCUUGUUUUUGGUUUUGCUAGAAUGGCACCAGAUUAAUCACCAUCUGGUGCACUGAAAAGAGUAAAAAAUUUUCCAGAUGUCCUCUUGGUUUGUGAGUGUGAGGUAAUUUUUUUUUUCCACUUUUUUUUCCGCUUUGUUUAAUGUAUAGUGCUGGCACUGUGAAAGAACUCUUUACAGAUAUCUCUGUAGAAGUUCACUGGAGGGAAAUAUCAGCUUUUGUAUGUGUUGAAGUAAAAUUUAUGUCCUAUUUGUGAGCCUAAAGCUCUCAGAGAAGAAACAGUUCUGCUACAUUUUUGCAAGUAUAUAAAUACAGAAGCAGUAUAAUUUCAUUUUAUAAGCUGUUAUGAAUACAAGAUAGUGCCCUGUAGUUAUUAGAAUUCCCACAGUGAGCAAUGUGCAAGAGAGUGGACUGCCUAAUCUACCGUAUCUGUCCUUUUCUAAAUUUAAAAUAGUUCAUGCCUGGUGUUGCAGGACACAGUACAUGUAAGUUAGUCAUUCUGAAUGAUUUUCAGAGAAUGAAAUUUUCCGUGGAAAUGGAAUUUUGAGAUUGGUUAUCAAAAUUGUCGCAGACAUAAAUGGUUGUUAGUCUUUUCACCCAUACUGUCUUUUGUCCUGACACUCUCUUUGGUCAUGCUUAAAUGAUAUUUAGUGCCAGAUCUGUGCAGUAUUUGAUGGCCUGAAAGAUAGGCCAGGCUUGGGCACAUGAUCGCAUUCCUGUUGAAUUAGCAGAGCAAGCAAUGCUAAGUUCAUGCUGGAUUUAUCAUUUUGGCUGUCUGUGCGAGAAUAGACAAUAGCCUCUCCAGUGUGAAGCUUUGCAAGUGCAAAGGUAUUCCAUCAAAAUGUCUGGAACAAAUUUGAUCCGACAGAGUGAUUUUUAUACUAGAUCAGUCUUUGUGCCCUAUUACUGUGACAUUAAAUGGAUUUUCUCUGCCACAGAACAAGUAUCAAACUGGAUUUUUUUUAUCAGUGAGCGGGGUCUGUAUUCAAUGCUUGAGAAUGGGAUUUACAGAGGUCUGAAAGCUGACACAGAGGUGUCUUAAGCAGCUGUUAACAAAUAAAGCAGUUGAAUGUGCAGUGCUGAAAGGAGUGGGUAGAUGUGUUGGAGAAGGCAAUGGAGCUUGAUUACAACCCAUUCCAUGUGCCAAACCUUCUUACCUUGUGUUGAGUGUUGCAACUCACCUAGAAGGCUUUCAUGGAUGGGUAAGUGAGAGUCACUAGUUAAAUUUUUUUCUCUCCUUUUAUGUAAUUUUCUUCCUCUUUGUGUGUGUAUAUGCAUAGAUAUAAAUGUAUAAAAUAUGGGAAGAGAAAUCUGAUGCACAGAACAAUGAAGAGCAGUAAUCCAUUUAAAUAGUUUUUAAAUUAAUUUGAAAAUGGCUGUAGAAGUAUUGCAACAGCACAGUACUCCUUUGCAAGCACAAUUCAAAUGCAUAUAAGCAGCUUAAUCAUAGCACAAAAGUUGAUGGCUUUGAAGAGCUGAAAUGUCAUUCUAUUCAGAGGUCUGGAACUGAAGACUUCUCUUGAUAGUUUUCACACUGGUGGAUGAUUAUCUUUCAACAUUCUUCCUCUUUAUGCUUUCUUGCUUCACAUGGAUAGUGUUCUGGAUUGUGAGCCUGAUUUCUAACAGAGAUACAGCUUCAGGAGGAGGUCAUUGAUUCAGCCCAGCUGUUUUUACUGUCAUGAGCUAAGGUGCUGGCAUACGUUUUGUGCAGUUUUUCACAGAAUCACAGAAUCUUUUCUGUGAGGCUUAAAAAAUCCAAACACACACACAGAGUUAAAACAUUUAUAGAAUAGCUGGUGCUCUAAGCAUCUGUUAAACAGAUAAACUGAAGGUAGGCCCCAAAUGGGAAAGUAUUUGAGUUGCCUGGUUUUCUACCCCUAUGCUUUUAAUAUAAAUAUUCUGUUUGCAUUUUGUGAUUAAAGAAUGUGUUGCUUGUUCUGGAAAAAUUACCUACAAAAUUAUUGACUAGGUAAAUUGAAUCCACAUUGUGCAGUGCUGGGAAACUAGUUUGUCAGGGAGUUUGCCAGGGAGAACAAUGUGCAGCAAAUUUGAAACAACAUAAAGUAGGGAAGCUACUGGAGAUCACUGUUCUUUAGUUUCUGUAUUACACACAGUGUUCAAACUGUUUUGUCCCACCAUUCCUGUAUACUAGAAGAAUUUGUUCUAUUUUUCUAAUUGUUGAAAAUUUUGCUUAGUGCUCACAGAGUAGGUCAAGCACUUGUUUGUUUUGCUCACAUCAUUAAAGCUGUCUUAGUCAAGGUGGCAUUGUGAGUCUUCUCCCUAUUGGACAUUUUCCAGAGUUAUGAUAUUUACUCAGCAUCUGUUCUUAUAACCUGACUCAAACGGGCUUUGUUUGCCAAAGGGUUUUCUGAGCCAAGUCUCUAUCCAGUCACCCAUUUCACAUCCUUGAAUUUUCUUCUGUCUUUGCAGAUGUCCAAUAGGCCUUGUAAAUACAUAGUUACAGUCGGUAUAUGACUUUGUGAGGUUCAACUCAAAAUACACCACUGUUUUUCUAAGUUAACCCUCUCAGGUUUUAAAAAACAUCCAACAAAUAAAACAUACAUGUUGGAAGAAAUUGUGUUA